AUCACGAUUCCCUUUUCUUCCCCAGUAAUCUGAGCCCUUUGCGUCCGUCUCUAACCUCUGCCACCUUCCCCCCUCUCUCACUCCUGAGAUCUAAAACAGAGUGAUGGAUCGCCUGCAGAAGUGCCCGGCUAACUAUGUCGCCCUCAGCCCCGUUACCUUCCUAGAGAGGGCAGCUGGCGUCUACGCCGACCGCACCUCGGUCGUCUACCAGCGCACACGCUUCACGUGGAAGCAGACCUACGAGCGUUGCCGCCGUCUCGCCUCCUCCCUCCGGUUGCUGAACAUCUCCAAGAAUGAUGUGGUCUCGGUUUUGGCACCUAACGUUCCGGCCAUGUAUGAGAUGCAUUUCGCCGUGCCCAUGGCUGGCGCCGUGCUCAACACCAUAAACACUCGUCUCGACUGCAAGAACGUCGCCACCAUCCUUAAGCACUCCGAGGCCAAGGUCUUCUUCGUCGACUACCAGUACGUCCCCCUUGCCGUAGACGCCCUCAAGCUUCUUAUGGCCGACCCCGACACUCCCCAGAUGCCACUGGUCGUCGUCAUCGACGACGUCGACACACCGACCGGCACUCGGCUCGGAGAGCUGGAGUACGAGCAGCUCGUCGCUAGCGGCAACCCUACUCAGGAACUCCCCCAGCUCGAGGACGAGUGGGAUCCCAUCGCCCUUAACUACACCUCCGGCACCACGUCCGCCCCCAAGGGGGUGGUCUACAGCCACCGCGGCGCGUACCUAAGCACCAUCAGCCUCCUUCUCCAGUGGGGGGUCGGAAGCGAGCCUGUCUACCUCUGGUCACUCCCCAUGUUCCAUUGCAACGGGUAGACGUUCACGUGGGGUGUCGCCGCCCGCGGAGGCGUCAACGUGUGCAUCCGCAACACGUCGGCCGGCGAGAUGUAUCAAGCCAUCGCCGACCACCGUGUCACCCACAUGUGCUGUGCUCCCAUCGUCUUCACCAUCCUCCUUGAGGCCGGUCUGUCCGAGCGUCGUCCCAUCGCCUCCCCCGUUCAGGUGCUCACCGGCGGAGCCCCACCCCCGGCGCCGCUGCUCGAGAAGAUCGAGCGCAUGGGGUUCAAGGUGACGCACGCUUACGGGCUGACAGAAGCGACCGGGCCGGCGCUCGUCUGCGAGUGGCGGUCGGAGUGGGACCAGAGACCGUCCGAGGACCGGGCGCGGCUCAAGGCGCGGCAAGGGAUCAGCGUACUCACACUCGCGGACGUCGACGUCAAGAACGCCAAGACGAUGGCGAGCGUCCCUCGCGACGGCCGGUCCGUCGGGGAGAUCGUCCUCCGCGGCAGCAGCAUCAUGAAAGGCUACUUCAAGAACACCAAAGACACGGCCGAGGCGUUGAGGGACGGGUGGUUCUUCACCGGAGACGUCGCGGUGGUGCACCCGGACGGGUAUCUAGAGAUCAAGGACCGGUCCAAGGACGUGAUCAUCUCAGGAGGCGAGAACAUCAGCAGCGUGGAGGUGGAGACGGUGCUGUACAAGCACCCCAUGGUGGUGGAGGCAGCGGUGGUGGCGAUGCCUCACCCGCGCUGGGGCGAGACCCCGUGCGCCUUCGUGACGCUGAAGAAGAAAUGCGGCGGUGGAGAUAACACCGCAACGGAGGAAGCCAUCAUAACAUACUGCAGGGCGAACAUGUCACGCUUCAUGGUGCCAAAGAAGGUGGUGUUCGUGGAGGAGCUGCCCAAGACUUCCACCGGAAAGAUCCAAAAGUUUCAGCUAAGGGAGAUGGCUAAGCGCUUCAAGGUGGCGGAGAGGCCGCCGCAUGGGAGCAGCAAAACCCAUCUUCCCAACCACGGUACGCGCCAGGUUGAGCCGCAGCAGGAGCAUGUCUUGGCCAUGUCGCGCCUCUGAACACAUGUAUGUUACU